AGCGCCAGGUCCUUCCCCCCCGCCGCCGCCGGCUCCCCUGGCACGCGCCCCGCCGCCCUCGGCAGCCGCAGCUCCGUGUCCCCUGAGGACCCGCCUCCCCACACCAUGGGCACGCGCCUGCCGCUCGUCCCGCGCCAGCUCCGCCGCCCGCCCCAGUCCCCGAGCCCGCCGAGCCGCCUCCGUGUGCCCUGUCGCGCCAGCAGCGGCGGCGGCGGCGGCGGCCGGAAGGGCUUUCUUGGACAGCGGCGGCUGCAGGAUGGCCAAGCCCGGAGCAGCUGCAGCCCCGGCGGCCAAACGCCCGCGGCGCGGGACUCGAUCUUCAGAGAAGUCAUUCAGAAUUCAAAAGAAGUUCUAAGUUUAUUGCAAGAAAAAAACCCUGCCUUCAAGCCGGUUCUUGCAAUUAUCCAGGCAGGUGACGACAACUUGAUGCAGGAAAUCAACCAGAAUUUGGCUGAGGAGGCUGGUCUGAACAUCACUCACAUUUGCCUUCCUCCAGAUAGCAGUGAAGCUGAGGGAAUAAUGAUUAUAGAUGAAAUCUUAAAGAUUAAUGAAGAUACCAGAGUACAUGGCCUUGCCCUUCAGAUAUCUGAGAACUUGUUUAGCAAUGAAGUCCUCAAUGCCUUGAAACCAGAAAAAGAUGUGGAUGGAGUAACAGACAUAAACCUGGGGAAGUUGGUGGGAGGGGAUGCCCAUGAAUGUUUUGUUUCACCUGUUGCCAAAGCUGUAAUUGAACUUCUUGAAAAAUCAGUAGGUGUCAACCUAGAUGGAAAGAAGAUUUUGGUAGUGGGGGCCCAUGGGUCUUUGGAAGCUGCUUUACAAUGCCUGUUCCAGAGAAAAGGGUCCAUGACAAUGAGCAUCCAGUGGAAAACACGCCAGCUUCAAAGCAAGGUAAAUUUCAUGUUGGAAACAUACAUCUUGAAGGCUUAUGUUAGAACAGAAGAAAGUCUAGAAAUUUAUAAGCUAAGCACUUAAUUCAAGAAAUUAGAGGAAGAAAAUUGAAUAGACCCAUAUCCAUUAAAGACAUUGAAUCAGUCUACUCACCAAACAAACAAACAAGAAAAGGCAACAGGUGGUUUUACAAAUGAGCUCUAUCAAACAAUGAACAGAUCAUUCUAAUACAAUCCUUUUCUCCAGCAAAUGGAAAAAGAAGGAACCUGGCCUAACAGACUUUAUGAGUGCCAAAACCAAACAAGGACAAGAUGCUAAAGGAAAAUUAACAGGCCAGUUUCAGCUAUGAAUAUAAAUGAAAUAAUCAUGAGCGAAAUCUGAGAACACAAAAUACAGCAGGAAGUAGGGUUUAUUUUUGGAUUUCCAGGUGAUUGAACAUGAGAAAAUCUAUCACUGUAAUUCACCACAUUAUGAUUAAAAACUAAAUUCUCACCAUAGUAAGUGCAGAACAGUCAUUUGGUAAAUCUAGUAUCCAUUAUGACCCUUUGAAAGUAAUUAUAAUUUUGAUGAAAAUUAUUAAGAAGACCUAUAUAAAAGCAGAGGUAUCAUCUUCACGGAGAAGAUGCAAUAUCUUAAAGAUAUUAAUUGUCUGCAAAUUAUAAGUUCCUGACAUAUUUUUUGUAGAAUUUGACAAUCUGAUUCUGAAAUCCAAAUGGAAGCAUAAAGGACAAAGACAGUCAAGACAAUUUUGUGGAAAAACUAGGUGGGAGACAUUCCCUCCACAUAGUGUGAAUUAUUAUGCACUUACAGUAAUUAGGAUAAUAUGGUAGACAAACAGACAAUCGGAACAGAAGAAAGUGGAAAUUUAUGCAUAUAUGGAAGCUUGAGAGCAGGUACUGCAGAUCAAUGGGGAAAAGAUUAACUAUUAAAGGCCUGGUGUGGUGGCUCACACCUGUAA